UUUAUGGUAUCGGCUUGAAGUUUUAAAGCCCCGCUAGUUUUAAUCCGGUUGGGUUUUAAUUUCUGUCGAAACAUAAGAAAUUUUCAUUUUACGUUACUACAAAGCAUUGUUUAAUUUUGAGUUUUUCCAAAAAUGACUAGCGGUUAUCAACAGAAUGAAGGAACUGAUAACGAACAAACAACAGCUUCGACAACAACAGUGACAGCAACAACAAGUUCGGCCAAUACGCAAAUCGACAGUGCAUGCAGUGGAAGCAGUGGAGAUAUUGCGGAGCAUAUCAGGAAGUUUAUUUUUACCAAUCAAAGCGCAAGUGUUGCUGAAUCAGGUGCAACAGCGGAACCUUUAGAAAAAUUGGAGAUUAAAAUACCUGAGCUUCUACAAAGCGGUUACUCUUUCUACACUUGGCCUUGUGCCCCCGUGUUGGCUUGGUUUUUAUGGGAGAGGCGGCGGAAUCUUGUCGGCAAACGUGUACUUGAAUUGGGUGCGGGCACAGCGCUUCCUGGCAUUUUGGCUGCAAAGUGUGGUGCACGAGUUAUACUUAGCGACAAUUGCAUACUACCCAAAUCAUUAGCACACAUACGAAAGUCUUGUUUGACUAAUAAUCUCGUCCCAGGGAAGGAUAUAGAAGUAAUUGGCCUCAGUUGGGGCCUACUAUUGAAUAGCGUUUUCAAUAUAGGACCACUUGAUUUAAUAAUUGGUGCUGAUUGCUUUUACGACCCAAGCGUAUUCGAAGAUAUACUAGUAAGCAUUUCAUUUCUACUGGAACGUAAUACGGGUGCAAAAUUUCUUUGUACGUAUCAAGAGCGCAGUGCAGAUUGGUCUAUUGAAGCAUUGUUAAAGAAGUGGAAAUUGCAUGCUGUGCCGAUAACUCUUGAUAACGUUGGCAAAAGCUCUGGUAUUGAUCUGGUGGAAUUAAUGGGCGGCCAUACCAUACACUUGAUUGAAAUAACAAAAGAGCGCUGA